AAUAGGGGAAGUUGACAGAGCACAGCGCUUUGCGUGAGUUCAGUGUUUGCAAAUAUAGAGUGAUCUCAACAGACGGACUAGCGGACUCUGAGCAAAGCGACGGCUGCACCGCGUUGCUAUUGCACGAAGAGGACGCUUUCUUAUUACACUUUAUCUUGAUUCAACAAGAUAUAUAUAUUUUUUGUCUUUUAUCGCCUAAUACUUGGGAUUGCAAUGGAUGUUCUACCAAUGUGCAGCAUUUUUCAGGAACUUCAGAUCGUUCAUGACACUGGCUAUUUCUCUGCAUUGCCAUCGCUUGAAGAAUACUGGCAACAGACAUGUUUGGAGCUGGAGAGAUAUUUGCAGAGCGAGCCGUACGUCUCUGCGUCUGACCUCAAGUUUGAGGGCCAGGAGGAUCUUUGGAGCAAGCUCAUCUUGGCUUGUGGAGAUAAGGGAGAUGGGAACGGCAACCUUCCCAAAGUCAAGGAAGAGGACAAUCAGGACUGCCAAAUAUUAGAAACCAACAGCAUGAAUUCGGAUGCCAGCAGUGAGGCGUCUGACAGCUCGGAGGAGCUCUCGCCCACUCACAUCUUUACCUCCAACCCGCUGGGCUCGGUUCUGACGGAGUCAGCACAUCACUUGAGUUCCUCUAUCAUCAGCACGCCUCCGUCCUCCCCAGAAACCCCGCAGGAGCCCGGCGUCCCGCAGGUGUGGGGCUCCACGCAGACUGACUCGCACGUGCCGGUGAAGAUCCGGCAAAACGGACUGGGGAAGGCCUCGGAUAAGGCUUCGGCAGGAGGGGACGCCUCUCCGGACGGCAGGAGGAGAGUGCACAGGUGUCACUUCAACGGAUGCCGGAAGGUUUACACAAAGAGUUCUCACUUAAAAGCACAUCAGCGGACUCACACAGGUGAGAAGCCGUACAGGUGUUCAUGGGAAGGCUGCGAGUGGCGCUUCGCGAGGAGCGACGAGCUAACCCGACACUUCAGGAAGCACACCGGUGCAAAGCCAUUUAAAUGCAGUCACUGUGACAGGUGUUUCUCCAGGUCGGACCACCUAGCCCUGCACAUGAAGAGGCACCUCUGAGCGGGCCGUAGCUUCACGCUGGGGAUAUGUUGUGUCCUGACCAGCUUCCUGGUUGACCUGGCCCUGCAAGAAAUGGGGGGGGAGUGUGUUCCAGCCAAAGCAUGCCAUUUUGCACCAUAUCCUGUGCCUCCGUGAGCCCCGGGAUAAAGGCGGACUGACUGGUUGUUGAAACGGAAAAGGAAUGGACAAAAUCACGUAUGAAGAAUUGAAGAGAGGAGGAUGAUUUAUUUAAAAAACAAAAAAAAUUUGUACAAAAAAAACGAGCGAAUGAAUGGUGUGUUGUAUGGUGCAUGAUGUUUUGGGACAACUCCUGGACUAUACACUGGUACUUUAAAACAAAUCCUAACGAAACCUGUUUGACGUGAGCGGAUGAAUGUCCCGUGUGCGAAGAAGGGUGGGAGGGGGGUACCAGUGUAUCACUGUGGGCUGAAUGGUGUCGGGAAACAAGUUCCAUUUGUGUUUCCACACGGUAUGCGAGAACGGCAAAGUCUGAAUGAAGCCGUGAGACUGAGAACUCCUGCCAGACGCCCCCGGGCUCUUUCGCAAGAUUGCGGGGGGGGGCGAAGCGGCCAGGGUUUCACCCCCUUCCCCCAUCUAAAGGGGGGCGGAAACUCGGUCCUGAAUGAAAGUGGCUUUUUUGGUGUUCGGUGCAGCUACUAAAUGUGCAAUGUGUUCGGUAGCUUGUUUUUUUUUGACAGGCUACAAAAGCUCAUUUGUAGUCUGUUGUAUAAGCUGUGUGCUUAGAGAUGUAACACAAUUAUAACUUCACUAUCAUAAACAGGUGUUGCAUGGUAUUGGGGUUUGUACUUUUUUCUUUUUUUUUUUUUGUAAUUGGGACUGAAAAUAGAUUCCAAUAAAGUGCAGCUAAAUACAA